AUGUCCUGGUUCAAAAAGGGUGAUGAGCUUAUGGCUGUGUCAAAGACGGCGUGGCUGUCUAGUAAAAAUGGAGCGACUGUUGUGGUGAGUGAGUGGACUCUAGGCAAUAAUGAGAAGAGCUUAGUGUCUCUCAAAUGCUGGAAGCAUAGUGGACAGUGUCGGCAAUACAGGAUUGCUAGCACUAAGACCUUCUGUGUAAGGCAAUGUUUGGAUGAAACAUUAGAGAUUUUUGGGGCUUCUGGCUACCACCAGAGUACACUGGAGCCAGUGUGGUAUUGGUUUGGUUUUGGCCAUGCUAGUGGUUGCUCACUUAGGAAGCUUGCGUAUGCAUACAUUUUGAAAUCAAAUGCAACAUUUCCGGACAAGGCACCAACCUCAAGCUCUCCUCUAUUUGACCAUCAAUCAAUUGAGGCAUCACCAUCAGGUAAUGUGCAUCUUCUCCUUCGUUCUAGGAAGCCUUUGACCAAAAAGAAUGUGACCCUAUUAGAGGAAGUGUUUUCUGUGAAAUCUAUCAUGGAGGAGUCCAUUGGGGAUGAAGCUGAACUCAAAUCCAUUUCAACCGAUGAUACCACUACUGCUACUACAGAAGAAGACACUGAGGCUAUGGUCUCAGGGUUGAAGUUGAAGUUGAGAUCAAAUCCAAUGAGAACCAAUAACUUCAGAAAGAGGAUACAGCAAGUUGUUGAUCGAUUAAAGACUUAA